AUGGCAUCCAUCUCCCCAUCGAGUUCCUACCCGUCCGUGCAGCCGCAGCAGGACACAAAUAGCGCGUACAAAUACGAAGAUCCUACCGCGUACCAGAUCCCGUCAGGCUAUCCAGCGAACCAGUUCGAGGUGCCUCUACCUGUUCCGCGCGCCGAAGCUGAACCUCAACCCAAGGAACCUUCAAGGGCUCAGGGUACGCCCUCAUCGGAGCCCAAAGUCCGUCUGAGAAAGGCCUGCGACAGCUGUAGCGUUCGCAAAGUCAAGUGCGAUGAAAGCGGUCCUCCCUGUAAAUCAUGCGCUGCCCUCGAGAUUCCCUGCACCUUUGAUCGACCAAGUCGUCGCCGGGGGCCUCCCAACAGACAUGCGGAAGCCAUAAAGAGACAAAAGCUCGAAGGCGGGAGCUUCGAUGCAGCCAGAAGCUCCCCCACCCAUGACGCCGCCUACAGCCUGGCGUCUCUAUCGACGCCGAUCCUCUUGUCUGCCGAAUCAAUAUGCGACUUGCACACGGUGAAGAUCCUGCUGGACGACUACUUCACCUACAUCCACCCGCUGAUACCUCUUCCGCAUGAGCCGACAUUCCGCAGGUCCUUCGAGGCGAGAGAAGACAGAACAAAUCACAACUUCUUGGCUCUACUCGCAGCCAUGGUCGAAUGUCUGGUCGCGUCGUUCCCCAGAAGACCCAGACAGCUCUUCGCUACGGAGCCAGGCAAAUCGCAGUUCCCGAAUGCUGGCGCUCUGAUCGAUCGAUGCCACCAGGUCUUCGUCGAGGCGCGUGGCUUGGGUUACAUGGAUCGACCAAUGAACCUCUACGACGGCAUCGCAAGCUAUCUUACUGGGUUAGCUGCCGGUUACACCUUGGACAUUCCACGCAUGCGCCUCUAUCUCGGCGAAUGUACCAUCAUUAUGCGGGAAUUGCAGUUCCAUCGACCAGAAAUCCAACGGCCAUCCCAGACCCCGGCGACGCCCUAUGGACCCGGUGAUAUGCCCCGGUACCCUCUCGUCGACCACAUCUACCAGGAAUCCGGGCGUCGGCUGUUCUGGCUUCUGUUUGUCGGUGCAAUGUCCGCUCGCCAGCUGGAUGAGGCUGAGGGUGACCUGCUGAUGCCGCCCGUCUCACACGCCGAAAUGCUCCCUCCUUUACCUGUCGAGGUCGAUGAUGAAUUCAUUACCGAGUCGCAAAUAUUUCCUCAGCCUCGAGGUGUUGUCUCAGAAAUGGUGGGAUUCAACCUCAAUGUCAAGGUCUUCAGAGCAUUCCAUUUCUUGGCUGCCCUGGAAAUGGCGUUCGGCGCAAACAACGUCUAUGACUGGGACCGUCAACGACAGAUCAUUCGUCGCGCCCUACAGACCGUUAAAGAAGCGACACGGGAUGCUCCGAAGGAACUUCAAUUGAACCCGGCCAACGGAUUUGGCGAGUGGCCUCCAACCCAAGCCGACAUAUCGGCAUAUUCUCAUCUGUUCAACGACCGGGACGGAGCCGAUUCGGAACCGCUCCAGACCCCUGGUAGUACCCGUGGCUCCUUUUCGCUACCCUCAAAGAGAGCAAUUCAGUUCGAGAUCCAGAAAGCAAACAUCUACGCAACCCAACUCUCUUCGAGAUCAUAUCUCGUCGAGAGGUUCUGGAAUCUGUAUGAAAUUGUCGACCGUGACAAGUUGACAUUCCCUUCAGACAAGUCCGUCACAAGUUCUUCUCCUACGACAGGCAUUGUGACCACAGGUAUGGAACACAGUUACCGUCAGAUGGCAGGUCGGACUCCGAGCGACAGCGUGAUGGAUGCCGGUGAACAGAUGAUGGCUGUCGAACGGGAAGAUAUUGUUCGAGACAUGGCUCUUCUACUGAAAAGCAUCAACCAAGUCAACAUGGAGCCCAACGGGAUGAGUUUCUGCAACAAGAUCCGCACCAUCGCCUCGACUCUUCUGGAGACCAAACGUGCCCGAAUGAGUGUCAUGCCCACGCUAGACUCAGAGGGUGUCAAUGCCUAUCUUCAUGUCUUCCUUGAUAUCCUUUCCAAGCUCGAACGAUUGGGGCCGGGCCGGUUCCGAGGUGUCGCGGAUAACAACACAGGAAGCCUGCUGCAGACACCCGAGGAGAUUGAGGAGGAAGAACUUGUGUACUGGGCCAGUUUGAAAGAGCACCAGGAAAGAUUUGUGAGGUCAAAUGGGUUCUGGUAG